CCGCGCCUGUUGACUACCGUAGCCAUCACCCCGCACGCCACACCUCCCCCCAUCAAUAAGCCCAAGUUGUGCCUCACCCGUCAGUUUCGCUUGUAGCGGGGCACAAGCGUGCAAGUUACUGUGUGUUACGUAUCGUAGUGGCUCGUCUAACGUACGAGACGUCAUGGCGACGCAAACUGAAGUGGGCAUUCCUGAUUUCGUCCUUUUGGACGAAAUAACCAUCGAAAAAUUUAUGGACAACCUUCAUCGUAGGUUUACUGCAGGAAGAAUUUACACUUACAUUGGUGAAGUUUGUGUGUCUGUGAAUCCGUAUCGUGCAAUGAAUAUUUAUGGCCCGGAACAAAUUUCUCAAUACAAAGGUAGGGAAAUGUUUGAAAAUCCUCCCCACAUCUUUGCGAUUGCGGAUUGCGCGCACAAAGAAAUGAAGCAGCAAGGUCGCGACACCUGCAUUGUCAUCAGUGGAGAAUCUGGCAGUGGGAAAACGGAGGCGUCGAAAAUCAUCAUGAAGUACAUUGCUGCUGUGACAAAUAUUGGUGGUCGGCAGGAAGUUGAAAGAGUAAAAAAUGUGCUGCUCCAAUCGAACGCCAUACUGGAGGCGUUCGGAAACGCCAAAACCAACCGCAACGACAAUUCGUCCAGGUUCGGCAAGUAUAUGGACAUAAAUUUCGACUUCAAAGGCGACCCUGUGGGCGGACACAUCAACAACUACCUGCUAGAGAAGUCUCGGGUGAUACUGCAGCAGCCCGGGGAGCGAAAUUUCCACAGCUUCUACCAGCUGCUGAGUGCAGCGGGCGACGCGGAAACCAGGACGCUGCUGCUGACGCGUGACCCCGAAGCGUACUACUACACCAGGCAAGGGAAGGCGUCCAAAGUGGAGGCCAUCAGCGACAGGACAGACUACAAGGCCACUGUCUCCGCGUUCAAGGUGCUGGGGUUUACGCCGGACGAGACCAACACCAUCUGGAAGAUCGUGGCUGCCGUUCUGCAUCUGGGCAACCUGGAGUUCAAGUCCCAGGAGGAGGAGACGCACCCGGCCAACCCGGAGGUGGUGGGCACUGUGGCGACCCUGCUCGAGGUCACGCCUGGCGAACUGAGCCGCGCGCUGAGCGAGCGCGUCAUCGCGGCCAGGGGCGAGGUCAUGCAGAAGACGCACACUGUCUCGGAGGCCGAGUACGGGCGGGACGCCCUGGCCAAGGCGGUUUACGAUCGACUGUUCUCGUGGAUCGUGGAGAAAAUCAACCAAGUGUUGGGCCUGGGCAAUGCCAAGAAGACUUACAUGGGCACCGUUAUCGGCGUCCUCGACAUUUACGGCUUUGAGGUUUUCGACAACAACAGCUUUGAGCAGUUCUGCAUCAACUACUGCAAUGAGAAACUUCAGCAGCUGUUCAUCGAACUGGUCCUGAAGCAGGAGCAAGAAGAGUACUUCCGGGAAGGAAUCGAAUGGAAAAAUGUUGAAUACUUCAACAACCAGAUCAUUUGCGAUCUCGUUGAGGAGCCUCACAAGGGCGUGCUUGCUAUUCUGGACGAGGCUUGCUUGAACGUGGGGAAAAUCACAGAUGAGAUGUUACUCGAAGCUAUGGACAAGAAGCUGGCUAACCACGAACAUUAUACAAGUAGACAGUUGAGGCCCACGGACAAGCAGUUGAAGCACAAAGAAGAAUUCAGAAUAAGACACUACGCUGGAGAUGUGGUGUACAGCAUUAUGGGCUUCCUGGACAAGAAUAAGGACACCUUGUUCCAGGACUUCAAGAGGUUGCUGUACCACUCGAAGAACAAGAUGAUCAGCGACAUGUGGCCCGAAGGAUCGAUGGACAUUACCAAAACGACCAAGCGGCCCCUGACUGCGGGCACCCUGUUCCGCAACUCCAUGAUAGCGCUGGUGAAGACCCUGACGAGCAAGGAGCCGUUCUAUGUGCGCUGCGUCAAGCCCAACGAGGUGAAGUCGGCCAGCGUGUUCGACUCGGAGCGGGUCGAGCACCAGGUGCGCUACCUGGGCCUGGUAGAGAACGUGCGCGUCAGGCGGGCGGGGUUCGCGUACCGCCAGCGCUACGACAGGUUCCUCAAGAGGUACAAAAUGAUUUCUCAGUUCACUUGGCCGAAUUUCCGAGCAGGAUCAGACAAAGAUGGAACGAGAGUGCUAAUUGACGAAGGAGGGUUUUCUCAUGAUGUGAAGUACGGCCACACAAAGAUUUUCAUUCGCUCUCCGACUACUCUGGCGAAGCUUGAAGAGGCCCGCAGCAAGAUGAUCCCGGGGAUCGUCAUCCUGCUGCAGAAGCUGUGGCGAGGCACUAUGUGCAGGAUACGCUACAGGAAGAUGAAGGCUGCCCUCAAGAUCAUGAAGUUCUACCGCCAGUGCAAGAUCAGGAAGUACAUCAACCAGCUUCAGGUCACCUUCAGGAAUGCCAGGAACAUGCCAGACUACGGGAAGAACCUGAAGUGGCCGCCGCCACCGCUGGCAGUGAGGCCCGCCGUCCCACUGAUCGAGAGGAUCUUCAACCACUGGCGGGCGUCCAUGAUCCUCCGCUCCGUGCCACGGGAGGAGUGGCCGCAGCUCAGGCUCAAGAUCAUCGCGGUGUCGGCCCUGGGGGGGAAGCGAGCGUCGUGGGGCCAGGGCAGGAAGUGGCUGGGCAACUACCUGGCCUGCCCCGAUGAGAACUCCCUCAGCGCUUCUUUCACCGCCAGCGUCAACAACCUGCGGAACGCCGACGACUUCAAAACGGUAUUGUUCUCAUCGUACAUUUGCAAAACUAACAGGUUCAACAAGUCAGCGAACCGUGUGCUUCUAGUCACAGAAAAGGCCAUUUACAAGCUGGAUUCCGUCAAGUUCAAAGCUAUGCGAAAAGGAUCCCCUAUUGAAGAGGUGACGGGAGUGAGUGUCAGCCCCGGGCGGGAUCAGCUGGUCGUGAUCCACUCCAGCACGGGGAACGACCUGGUGGUGUCGCUGGUUCCCGCGAACCCCGACGAAGACAGGGUGGGCGAGCUGGUUGCCAUUCUCUCCAACCUCUACUCCAGGCUGAGGCGGAUGGAGCUGGGCGUGACGGUGGCGAGCAGGUUCCAGUGCAUGCUGGGGCACAAGUCCCGCCAACUGCGCGUGGAGGUGUCGGCCGACGCGCAGGGGCCCGCGUUCAGGCGCGACGGCGACGCCAUAGUGUUCACGCUGCCGCCCAGCUUUGCCGUCGUCGAGCAGAACGGACAGCUGCAUUCGAACAAGACGGGCAAGGCAUGAUGCAGAUGCAAUAAGUCAUGUAUAUGAUAAAUAUUUUUACAGUUAUAAUUAUGUUAGGCUAAAUGAUUGUUACUUUUUUGUAUUGUUCUGCAAUUUUUUUUUGCACGCUGCUUUGAGUUUCUAUAUAUGAGCUACGGCUUCAUUAUCAAAACCAAAAGUUUUUUUAUUCUGGAAUGAGUCACGGCCAUGCAAAAUAUUCAGACAUUAUUUAUUUUUAUAUCAUUAAACACGUUAUAAGUUUUAUGUUACUAAGUUAAGCUUUAGUAGUUGUAUGUUUAUCUGUGGCAAACAUAUUUUGUUGCAAUUCAAAGACAUACAGUUAAAUUAGCUUACCAGCCCGAGCAGAAAAAGUAUAAUCCAACACGUAGGAUACCAUGAAUGUGAAGUUGUCGUAUCCUAACCCCCCCCCCCCCCCCCCCCCUCCUUUUUUUUUCUCUUAAAAUAAAAUAUAUUAAUUAUUUUAUAUAUUAUAUAUAUAUAAAUAAAGAAUUCACAUGUGCAUUGGCAAACUAAGGAAAUGCUUAUCUAAAGUAUGGACCAUGCAACUUAAAAUUAACAAAAAAAAAUUGUGACUUUUGGUUAAGUUUAAUGUACCAUAAUAUGUUUGCUUGUUGUUUAACUUUACUUCUAUUAAAGUUCUUUAUUUUAUGUUAGAAGCCUCUGUUGGUGGUUUGUAAACAUUCCCUCACACCAGAGGUAUUGCACAGGAUUAAAUCUUGUUUGUAAAUAUCGGAAAUUUAACAAAUUUUAUUCAUCACUACCUAGCAGUAGCCUAGCUUUCGGGCACUAGAAAAUAUUUUGUACAUCAUAUUGUAAAUAACAUGUGUACAUAGGUGUGCUUCAAGUUAGGUGUUUGUGGUUGCAUUUGACUGAAAAAAAUAAGUAUUUGCACUGCUAAAACAUGUUUAAAAUAAACUUAAAUCACAAGUGCAGAUAAUAUUUUACACUGUUUUGCUAAUGCAUUACAGUAUCAAUAUCGAACAAUGUUAUAUAUAAAUUUAAUAAGAUUUGACAUUGAUAUAAACUCCAGUUUUGUUAGCAAGUUCAGUUUUUAUAAUUACACGGUAGUUAGUGUUGGAGACUUGUGUAGUGGUAUUUUUAACUCACUUUAGUUUUAAAACUGCAAGAUUUUUGUGUUAACUGAAUUUAUUUUAUAAAGAUACAUUUGUAGACUAAAGUAAGAACUUGUACAAUAAUAUGUUGGUAAUAUAUGAAUAAUAAAACAAAGCUUUUUCCGCAAUAACCUUAGUUCAUAAAUUAUUGGAAUAAAACUAAAUUAUAUUGAAUUUCAGAUGUUUGCAGGUAAAAUUUUAUUUAGUCGAGUUUUGAAAUCAUUUCAUAAUUUGAUCAUAAUUCAGUGUAAAAUCUUGUCUCUAAUUAUACAUACUGUUGCUUAAUAUGAUUCAUCCAACAUUAGUCAUAUGCAUUACCACUACAUACAUACAAUGAAAUAUAUAUAUAUAUAUCACAAUCUUGUAUAAAAAGUAUUGCAUUACUAUAUGUGCUGGCAAUCUGCUUUAUUUUUAGACUCAUCAUGGAACUCUCAAAGUUUAAUGCAAUUUUACUCAUACAAGAGAAAUGAGUUAAAGUACAAGGUUGUAUUGGAGUAUUUUCAAAUAUAUGAGUCAUGUUACAUAAUAUUUUUGUAAAUUUUAGUAAACAAAUUUCAAACAAAAUAUGAGUAUUAAUUUUAUAAAAAAAAAGUUUUUCUCAAAAAGUUAGGCUAUGAUACUUCCAUACUGAACACGUUUAUUAAGGGGGGGGGGGGGGGGGGGAAACAUAUUACCUGUUAAUUUUUUUACUACCACAGUAAUUUAUGUUAACUAGAAAUAUAUAAAUUAAAAUAUUGUCAUACCAUGACAAUGGCCUGUAUCAGUGAGAUAAACGAACAAUAAAUAAUUACUUAAAUUUUUAUAUUUCUACUUAUAGAAUAAUUAAUUUGUAAUUUAUUUAUAUAUUUUUAAAAAGUGAUGUAUGUAUAUGUUAAAACUAUAUUGUUGAAAAAUAGCUAGAAUUUGAUUGCAUUUAAAUGAGUGUAUAAAUGUUAUUACAUAAGAGAAAUAGUAAAGUUUUUGUGUGUUUGACUGGAGAAAAUUUGAUUUUAAUUGACUGCCAAAUGAUAUGCUAACAGUCAGUAAAAUGUGCUGUGUUUAAACAGUUGCUCAGUAUUCAUGUAAGCUAUGAUUGUGAAUUAAAUAAUUUUAAUAACCAAAUGAACUGGAAUUGAAAACACAAGAUUGGCUAUAAAGUAGUAUAGAAACAUUAAAUGUUAUGGUCAUUUUUGCUCAAAACAACUGAGUGUAUUUUUUUUAGCAUGCAUAGUUUGUUGUACUGUAUACCCAAUUAGUACACCAGUGUCUUGUUUAUCCUACCUUUGCUUAUGUGACAUUUGUAUUAACUGACAUCCCACCACAAAAAUAAAACUGUAUCAGUUGCCAACAAGAACUCCACAGGACUAGACAUUUAAUAUGCUUUUUCUCAACACCUUCCUAUCAUCCAACUUUUUCGCUUAUCCGAUGUUCUGUCGGCCAGUUUGUCGGAUAAGAGAGACACUAUUGUAUCUGUUGCGAAAACCAUUGCCCUAUUUGGCUGGGCCAUUCAAGACGCAUUUGCACUGAAUGGCUGUGAUUCGUGUGCCUGUACUUCUACCUAGUCUCUCUCAGCACAUCUUGUGCUGCCAUACAGUCGGUGGGAAAUUUCACUUACCAGUGGUUUCAGUAACACAGUAGCGUCAGCUGUUCCGACAAUGCUGACAAGUGCUGAAGCAAACUGUCGGAUGGCACACUGUUCGAGGCUUAAAGGGUCAAUAACACCAGAGCUGUGGAGGUGGUUUUUAGUAUCUGUGAAAUCCGAUUUUGUCGCACUAUUUAAUUUCCAUCUUCCCUAAAACAUAUUUGCAUAACAUAUUGCACAUGAGUUUGUCUUGAUUGUAUUUACAGCACAAUGCAACAUCAAACACCUCUAAAACAAUAGUUAUCUUUACAAACAUAUGAUACCUUUCAUUUUUUUUAAUAAAACAAAAUUGUUAAAAAUAAAAAUUCACAAUUAAAAUGUUUUUGCAUUGUAUGAACAAAAAUCAGAAUAUAACAAUCAUACUCAUCUAAAUUUGUAAAUUAGUAUAGCUUAUUUUCAAUGUGCCAUCCACAUGUACAUAGCAAUGAUAUUGUACUUAAGGUUCAGACAGCUUGCUUAAAUUAUACAUUUGUGUGUAAAAAGUUUUGCAAAUAAUUUUGUUUCCAUCUUAUUUAAAAGUGCACUUAAAGUAUUGUUAUGAGUAGAGAAAUUGUUGAAGGCUGUGUGAACCAUGUUUGAUUCCACUUUGUGUAACAUAUUGAAUGGAAAUGAAAUUAAAAAAAUUUCCUCCAAUCA